UCUCAAAUGAAAAGUUUUUAAGCCAGAGGAAAAGUUUAAUAAAUAAUAUAGUUAAAUUUUUACAAUUUUCCGAAUUAGAACUCUUAAAUUAAGUUUGUUGCAUAUCUAAAUAUCACACACAUUUAUCGCAACUAAAAUUGGUCAACAACAAAAACAAUUCAGCGUCACACAUUUCUGGCCGGAUUCAAAACGAUUGCAUGCACCAGUUUAUAUUUGUCCGACGAGCGACGCGGACACAGCGACGGAGUGCAACAAAUACGUGACGGUAGCACAGCAUUUGAGUGGAGUCGUGAAAAGUGGUGGCAGGAAAAUUGUGAAAAUUUUCCAACUUGCAUUGAGAUAAUCAGAUACAAAUCAAAUCAAGUUGUUAAAUAUAACUAGCAAAUGCAAAAAAGUUGGAAAGAAUAUUGUGCAAAAUGCAAUAGAAAGUUUGCAAUUGCCAGUUUAAUUUGUGGUUGUACAAGAAAAAAUCAGAAAUUGAGCGAGAAAAGCGAAGGAGUGGAAGAAAAGUGUACGCAAAACAAGAAUUUUUUGUGUACUCCACGAGCGAGCGCGAUUGUACGAAGCAGCAGCGAAGAAGGUUGCCGUCGCGACGUCACCGAAAAUCAAAGUGAAAAGGUAAAACUGGUGAAAUAUAGAAAUUAGUAAAAUAGGAAGGAAAAUCCUUAAACAAACUUGGAAAAUUCGUGUGCUUUGUGAGUGGAAAGUCCACUGGUUGAAAAUUUACGUUUUUGCAUGUGUACAUGUGUGUGCUUGUGUUGAUGUGAAAAUUUCGAAAAGUGAAAAGUGCUUGCAGUUGCAUUGCAUUCCAAUGUGCCAGCAACAGCAACAACAACAACCAAAAAUUUGUGAAGUUGUACAAAGUGGGAAAAAUUGAAGAGAAAAGCAGCCGUUGAAGUGGUAAGCGUACAAAACGAGCGCCCAAAGUCGGGCUCGUGGCACGAAAAAUCCAACAAAUUUUAAUAUAAAUUAUUCACAGAAGUAGAGAUAACAUAAAAUAAAGAAGAAAUAUCGUUUGGAGUUUUGUCUGCUGCUUCAGCUCAGCUACUACGCUCAUAAGUGUAUUCGUGUGUAUUUGAGUGUUUGUGUGCGUCCACGGAUUAUUGGAUUAUUACCUGUUUCGCUUCUUCUGCCAGCGCAGUCGCCGCUACAGUGUCGUUAACGGUCGACGUCGACGUUGACGCUAACAGAGCGACCUGACAUUUUUCGGCUUUGCUUUACGGAUUAUUCGUCGUCGUUCGUUGCCACAGCCGCCGUUGAUGAUGCCUCCGAUUUGCCCACAAAAUAUGCAACAAAAACAUCAGCAGCGUCAUCUCCAGCUCCAUCAGCAUUAAUGGAAUAGUAGAGGCUGCUAACGACCGCAUCGCCACAUUAAAUAUACGAACGAGCAACAAGCAAUAAGUGCCGAAACAACAACAACAACAACCGCGGAAAGGUAAAUACAUAACAAACAACAACUACAGCGGCAGAGUCCACAUUCAGCCUACUACUACGGGCACUACACUGCAGUUCAACGCUUACGCACGCACAGCUUGCUGCUGCCGCUUGCGGGGGGACUUUGAAAUGUUGCUGCAACGAGUCGCACAUUUUCACGCCGUAUAUUGCUGCCUCUGCUGCCAGUGACAAGCCGACGUGCAACUGACUUGGCUGGAGCCACUUUGGCCAACAAACUGCAAACUGCAAUCGUUCUGAGGCGAACUAGAGAGUGUGUGUGUGUGUGGGUGUAUGCAUUGCUGCAGCCAGCCGUGCAGUGUCGAGGAGGAGCGAGCAGGGAGCCGGAAGGCAGCGCACAAGCGAGUAGUUGUAGUGUCGUUUUAUCAGCGUGAAUAAAUUUCGAAAGAAAUUUUUAUCAAUGUGCUACAAGCAACUAAAGCAACAACAACAACAACAAUAAGGAAGAAAGAUAAAAUAAAAUAAGCGACUGGGAAGUGAAGCGCAGAAGUGAGAGGAGGUUAAGCCAAAGUGGGGCGGCAAACAAAUUGAAUCGAUUCAAGUGGGCAAAUUUGUUGGAGCGCUCAUUUGUUUUCUUCUUUUUUUUUUAGUGCAUUUCUUUUAAGUGAGUGUGUGUGCUACUUUCUUGAAAUUCAGCAGCCAUAAAUAAACCAAAAGUUAUGCAGCAGCAGCAAACAAACGCACCUACUCAUACCGCCGACUGGUUUGUUUAUAAGUAUAUGUGUAUGUAUGUGUGUCAAAAUGCAAACAGACAAAUGUCUACAACUGUGUACACACGAAUAAAAGAGAAGUGCAAUUGAGCUGAGUGCGGCAAGGCAAAGAAAAGAGGCAGCAAGCAAUUGGGGAAUUGUAAUAAAAAAUAUCAUAAAAUAGGAAAAGCAGCAUGAACUAGAAUAAACAAAACAAAAAAAAGAAGUAGAAACUGAAAGUAGUAAACUGAUGAAAAAAAAUAAAUUUAGAAAUAUAGAAAAGAAAUAGUUAUAAAUUGCAUUAAGGAAAUCACGUGAAGCAUUCAGUUGCGACUGAAAUUGAAAGUAAACUAAAAUGUAAAAAUAGAAAUAACAAAAAUAAACAAUAAAUUCAAGCAAAAUGUGUAAAACUAAAUGUGCUGAGUGAUAGCUGGCUUCCCCGCCCCCCUGCAAAUACGAUAGAUAGUAAACGACGAUUUGUUUGCGAUUUGUAGCGAGCUGCGCAUACUCGCCAUUAUUAUUGACAGACAACUGUAACGAAGACGCAGUGCGGUGCUGCAGUCGUCAGUCAGCCUGUCAGCGCACCUCAAUGAAGUCAGUCAGUCAGUCAAUGCGAAUGUGCAGCAAUUGUGGCAAACGUACUUUUAGUGCAACACACGCUUGCGCAGUGUAAUAGACAGUCUGCAAAGUCAGUCAGCGAACCGUUGAAGCGGCGAGUCAGUAGUGAGCUUGUCACGUAUUGAAUUCGUAUGCGACGCUCCCAGCACCCAGCAGGCACCCAAGUGAACCGAGUGAAUUUAUAAACAAGUAAUAAAUUUCUAUAUAAACUGUCGAGACAACUGAAUAGUGAGUGAAAGAUACAAAUCGCACACUUCAACAUCGACGACGCAGCGGUAAAUUGACAGUUUUACGAGGGAGGCGCGAACAAAGAGGAGGGCAGCCGUUUAAAAAAAAAAAAACAUUCGAGCAUUGAUGAAGCGCAGCUGCUUUGUGUGGCGGCAAGUAGAGUGGAGAACAGCCUACAGUAAUUUCGAGUGUAAAUAAAGCCGCUGAUUCAAUUCAAGCGCGUAACAAGCCCCAACCAACGCGUAUCCGCGUUCAAACGCACUGCCACGCCCAUACGCCCAUACGCCCACCCGCAGACUUUACAAUACAAACAUUUGUGCGACGUUGGCCUCCCGCUGAUUCGGUGCACAGUUGUAGCGCUUAGCGCGGAGAAGGCGUAGUGGAUAUUUGCUGCCAGCUGUAACAAAAACAAAAAGUGUAAUAAGGAAUAAUUAUUUAAACUGAAAUAAAUUAAAAGUUAAAAAAAUAUGCAAGUUAUUUUAUAAGAAGAAAAAGAAAUCACAAACUAAAUUUAUUUCUGUGCUCACGCGUACCAAACGAUGACAUGCUAUCAACAUUCUAUUCAACAGUGCAAAAACAACUACAACAACAUAAAGAACUAUACACACCAGACUACAGUGAAUAGAACGUCAAUCGUCAUCAGCCCCAACCUCAGCUUCAGCACGGAAAGAAGCGCGCUCUUGUUGUUGUCUCACCACUGGAGCGACAUAAAUCCAAUGGAAAAUGAUGUUCUAUCACAGCAACAACAACAACAACAACAACAGCUACAGCCGAAGCAACAGUGGCGGCGACGAGCUCAACAACAGCGCACAUAGUUCGCUGGCAUCGGCGUCGGCGCUAACGGCAAAGCAACGCAGCAGCAGUUAUAAGAAGUAUCGACGCGCGAAACAGCUCCAAACUAGCAGCGUGCUCUGUGGCAAUGACAGUUCUAACACCACAUUUUCGCUCGCCGCAUCCGUACUGCCACCAGACACGGUGGCAACAGCGACGCCCAAUGAGAGCGCGCGCACGCCAACGCGCAACAAUCGCACGCAAGCAGGCGCGUCAUUGUCGUCAUCAUCGGCCUGUGCUGCGUUGAGCGCCGGCUUUAGCACCUGCAGCGCGCUCAGUUUGUCGCUAAGCAUCCUGCUGCUCUUGCGGUUAGCGCCCACUGUCAGCGGCCUCGCAGUCGGCGUUGACACCACCAAUGCGAACAUCACGGAUUUGGGUAGUCCCGGUGGGUAUUCAAAAGAAUUUUUAAUUAAGAUCAUUUAUUGCAGCAAUUUUUAUGAAAUUAAUCUAUGUAUUAGUAUGUAUUUUAAUAUCUAACACCUUUUGAACUUUUAUCUACCUUCCAUGUUUUUGAAACUGCUGCUGCUGUCGCCUAUUGUAUAAGUUUCAAUGAGAUUUGUCAAUCUUUCGUUUAAUGCCCUAAAGUCCGAAGCAUGCUUGCUUUUCAAGUUUUAAUCUGGGCUAGCAGCUCUGCCUGAAAGACAGUGGAUGAUCUGCCCGCUGCAUUGUUGGGUCCAAAAACACCUAUUCUGUUUUCCAUCCUUGACCUGUCUGUGUAACAAUAUAUAUCUGACGCUAAGGCCAAGAAGUCUUCCGCAAGUCCGCAGGGCUCGGGUGGAAAUGAAAAAAGUUUUGUUUUGAUGGGAAAUUGACUUUGUCACAAUAUUCAAACAAUAAAAACAGUACCCCAGUGGGUACACCCGUUUACACCCUAAUAGAUUACAAGUAUACCUUUCUCUAAGUAAACGGAUAUAAUCCCACGCAUAACAAGCCUCAAAGGGAUUGACUAGGCUAGGCGAUUAGUGCUGGAAAGAAACAACCACCGCAUUCUGCUUUAAAUUUUUUAAAGUACUCUACCGCUAUCCUUACUGCUUCAAUGUCAAAGAUAAAGCCAGAACUGCUAGGUCUUCUCACUCUGCGGAAUCUAUGUUUCGAAGUGGCUGAAGUCAGGCGAUCCUGCUCCACGUAAGAACCUAGAAAAUAAACUUGAAGCAAGUAUUUCAGAAGUCCACUGUCGUUGCUAGUAAUAAGGGUGCCAUUUUGCCUCCUUAAAAGUUGUAUCCCAUUGAAAUGUUUCCUCAAUAAAACUUUCUAGUACCUCUUCUUUUAUAGCGGUAAUGAAUGUGCGUCUUAAAGCCUUUUUUGUACCCUUUUAUCGGUACCUAGCGCCUAACACACCUUUCAUAGUAGGGAGAGGUUGUGCCCCAUUUAAUUUAUAAGGCAUAGCCAUCUUUUGAAUUCACUGCAAAUAAUACAAGUAAGCAACAAAAGAAAAAAAAAACUUUUUCAAUUGUGUAACACCACCUAGGGCGGCACUCCGUUUGCCACCAUUCCACUUUUCCCCGCCCUAACCAGCUCUUAGUUAAAUUUACUAAACAUCGAUGUUCCAUUGGCCCGUAUUGCCUCUGAUUAAACAAUAUAGCGCGCUCUGUGUACCACAAUUUCCUGCUCCCAACUCAUUCAUUUGCACAAUCAGCAGGUCAGCAGCUGCCAAGAAUGUAGGCUAGCCACUUAAGCACCCACCGUCCGUGCGCCUCCCACCUAUAACCGCAGGCAAAGUUCAGUAGCCGAGUCGUUCAUGCGCUGCUGGCAAUUGCCAGUUGUCGCACGAGUUCUCGGCCGUCAGUCAGUUUGCUUGUCACGUCCUUUCCUUUGUAUAUACGUGAAUGCAAUAGUUGUUGCCGCACUGACACUUAGUACUUAGUUUCAUUUUCGUUUUCAUUUCCAUUUAAUUUGUUUUUCUUCUUUCUUUCAUUUCUUUUGGUUUCUUCUGUUCUCAUUGAUUUGUUGUUGUUGUUUUUUCUGUCACUUUUUUACGUUUUUUUUGUUAUUUUACACCUGUUUCUGCAACGCCUGUCACACUUUCGCAUUUUAUUCCAUUUCCUUUGCAAUAUCAAGCACCCACCACCGCAGCCAUUUACACUCGACGUUACCUCAAAGCUAUUGCUCUCCGCCCAACAGCCUGGCCGCACUCAGCCAUACACUGGCUCUAAGCAUCAAUUAACCCAAUUUUCAAAUCCAUUUGCACCGCUACGCCACAAAAUUGCAGGCAGUGGGCGGUGUGCGGUGUGCGGCGGAGAGUUGCUUGCGAGCAAAAGUGUGGAAGAGAGUGUGGAGUGCGAUCCCCACAUCUCACCAGACCGCUCGACCACCUGCCUGCCUGCCUGCCUACUUUUUGCCACUUUAGUAUUUCAUUUUACUUUGUCCCCCCCUCCCAUUCCACUUAGCCCCUCGCCUCGUCGCCUUCAUAACCAUUCAUAUUGACUGUUGUGUAAGCUAUAUGCUUUGUGCCCAGGCAGUUCCAGGAGCACCUCACACCUCGAUUCCCCAAUGGCAUUGUAGGCCCUGCCGAGCCACAUCGCCACCCCCACUCACAGACCUCAAAGUACAUAUUUACGCAAGAGAAAGUGACUCAAUUCACAACGACACGUUUACCAAUGGUGGCAACAGCAGCAGCAGAAGCUUUAGCAAUUGUUGGCCAUUUUCAGCCAAUUCUAUGUAUGAUUUUGUUACUUUUUUCAAUUCCGUACUGCUACCAACUUUAUUUUUCUCAUUUUUUUGUUAUCACUAUACGUAUUUCUGCCCCUGGCGGAGCAUUUAAGUCUAUUUGCAGAGUUGUUGUUGUCAACAUCGUCGCCUUCGUCGUCGUCGUCGUCGUCGUAGUUGAUUUGGUUUGGUUGGAAUUGGAUUGGUUUAGAUUGGAUUGCCAUUGCAAGCGAUAAGCGAAUGAAAUCAACACUGGAAUCGGUUUAUAUCGGAACGACUUACAAAAUACCUGACUAAUAUUCUUUGUUCUCUUCUUAAUUAAAACAUAAUCGGAUUUUCUUUGCAGCAUUUUAACCGUUUCAAUUUCAGCGAAAAUAAUCCACU